AUGGUGCCAAAGGUACCUAAAGACCACUACAAGGUGUCAUCCAAAAAACAAUUUUUGCCUAACAACUACAAGGUGUCGUCUUUGCCAAAGAAGGACUACUACAAGAAACCAGCAGUUUCUGAUUACUACAAGAUCCCAUCUUUUCCGAAAGGUAACUACGACAAGGUACCUCCUAUGCCUAAACAAGAGUACAAGGUGCCAUCAUCUGUGCCGGAGAAUGACUACUACAAGAAACCGUCAGUUUCAGAUAACUACAAGGUCCCACCUUUUUCGAAAGAGCCAAAGAAUGAGUAUUACAAGGUACCUUCAUUGUCAAAAAGCGAUUAUUACAAGAAGCCAACCGAUCCUAAGGAACUCGAGCACCCUUCGUACUAUUACAAGUCACCACCUCCACCAUCGCCUCCCCCUCGACUACCAUACUACUAUAAUUCACCACCUCUUCCUUCGCCGUCACCACCACCACCACAGUACUACUAUAUUUCACUGUCUCCUCCUACACCGUCACCGCCACCUCCCUACUAUUAUCACUCAUCCACAACUCCUUCUCCAUCACACUACUAG